AUGUCUCUCACCCCUCCAACCGACGAUACUGGUGCCAUUACGACUUCUACAACCGAUGGUACUGGUGUUAUCACCCCUUCAGCCUCUACACCACCUAUCACAGGCUAUGUGCCUUCAUCCAUCAACAUUGAUGAUCCGUUUCUUCUUACUCCUACUGAUUAUGCAGUCAACAAGUUGAUUUCACUCACCCUCACUGGUGAUGAUAAUUAUCACAUCUGGAGUUGUACGAUCUUGACGGCACUUGAAGCUCGCAACAAACAUAAGCUUGUUGAUGGCUCACUUAUAGUGGAUAAUCCCGAUGAUACUCGUUAUUCCUCUUGGAAGCGAUGUAAUAGUCUUGUGUUGUGGUAUGCAUCUUCAAAUGAUACUCGAGUUUACAAACUUCGCCAAGCUUUAAGUGCCACUCAUCAAGGCAGCAUGAAUCUGUGGUACUUAAGCUGCUCUUUAACAACACCAGGAGAAGACAAAUACUAUGUUUUCUUGAUGGGUCUAGGUGAAUGCUUCUCUGCAAAACACAGCCAUAUUUUAUCUUUAGAUCCUCUUCAAGGGUCACUACAGCUUUAUCCAUGUGGCGCAACUUUCCCAUCAUCGAACUUGCCUCAGUCCUCUUUGCAGAUGCCUCCAGAGCUUUGCAAUCAACUCAUGAAUUUUCUAAAAUUGACUUCCAACGUGUCUCAGCAAAAUGACACUUCCAUUUCCAAUAUUUCUUCAAGUAGCAAUUUUCAUGUGCAAACCCCUUUGCCUACUGUUUCUACAGUGGCAGGUAAAAUUUUUUCCACUCUUCCGAUUCUCUUUGUCUUGACUUUACCAACGCUUACUGUCAUCCCUUGGAUAAUUGACAGUGGGGAUAGUGAUCACGUUGUUAGUUCCCCUGCUUAUCUUCGUUCCGUAAAACCUUUACAUAAUUCCUAUGUUACACUACCAAAUGGAGAGAAACAAGUGACUACUCACAUUGGACUCAGUCACCUCGAAGAAGAUUGGAAUGGGAAUAUGCAUAGAGGGCUUUAUUUUUUGAAAACACCUACUCCAACAAUCAAUUCUGUUUUGUCUCUUCCAAAACCGCCAGACUCCAUGCUAUUACAUCAUCCUAAGAUGAAACACCAACCCUUUAGCCUUAGUGUAACUCAAAGUGUGUCAAUUUUUGAACUUAUGCAUGUAGACAUAUGGGGACCUCAUUCCCUUACUUCUAUUGAUGGAUACAAAUAUUUUUUGACUAUUGUCGAUGAUUUUAGUCGCACUACUUGGAUCUACUUGAUGCAUACCAAAACUGAAACCCGAUUUUUCAUCCAACAAUUCUGCAACUAUGUUGAAACACAUUCUGAUACUAAGCGUAAACACCAACAUAUUAUCAACACUGCUCGAGCCUUGAGGUUUCAUGCUCACUUACCUGAAACUUUUUGGAGUUUUUGCACUAUUGCUGCUGUUUAUCUCAUUAACAGACUCCCGUCUCAUACUUUAGAUAAAUAUAGUCCCAAUCAAAUUUUGUUUAACAAACCUCAAGACUAUGCCAAUCUUCGGGUGUUUGGAUGUUUAUGUUAUUCUGUAGUUACCUCUCCAAAACGCUCCAAAUUGUCACCUAGAGCACGGGCUUACAUUUUCUUGGGAUAUCCUCUCGGGGUCAAAGGCUACAAAGUCUUUGAUUUGGAAACACAUGAUAUUUUUAUUUCACGUGGUGUUCAAUUUCAUGAACACAUUUUUUCUUUUCAUAUGCCUCCUUCCACAUCUAGCUCUCCUAACUCUCCACCUGAUGAUGUGGUUCACGACAUUCUACCUCUCCUAAUGCAUGACCAUCCUUUACCUCAACACCUUCCUUCACCAACAUCAGUUGCCACACCAACUCCAUCACCCAAUGCUUCUGCUUCUUAUUCAGACCUGUCCCUUUGUACUUCAUUCUCUACUCCUCCACCUAUUCGCCACUCCUUGCGCCAUACACACCCACCUUCCUAUCUCCAAGAUUAUCACUACAAUUCUGUUAUAUGCAUCAGCUCCAGCAGCUUCAAGGGCAGACCUGCUCACUUUGCUGAGGCCGUGAAGGGAUUAGUUUGGCAUAAAGCCAUGAACCUUGAAUUCCAUAAAGCAAUUGGCUUUAAGUGGGUUUACAAGAUCAAAUAUAAUCCCGAUGACACACUUGAACGUCACAAAACACAUUUGGUUGCUCAAGGUUUUAUACAAAAACCUGGUUUUGAUUACAAUCAAAACCAGUGGUGA